ACUUCUUUUGAAUCUCACGAAGGAGCCUGUACCCAUCAUGGCGGAUGUUGCUGCAGACAUGUUCGAUUUUAGGUUCAAUUUCGCUAUUUUCUUCAAACGAAUGUCUUUGUGAAAUGAAAAUGAAAUAAGAGCGUGUUUUUAUGUGUUGCUGUAUUCUGGGAUUGUAAGACUGGGACAGAGGCACUUCAUCUGAUUUCCUUUGUUGCGUGAACAUUCCCCGUCGUCAUUUUAUUAAAUUGAAAUUUAACGCGCACACCAGCAGCAGAUUUUGAAUAUAAAAACGAUUUGUAAGAAAUUGUUAUCAAACUGAAGUACUUAGCAUCAUGGCAUCACCGACGGCGGUUGGAAGAAGAAGAGGUUUGCCAAAACAAAUGAGCUCUGAAGACCAAGCAUUGAACCAAAUUGCAAAAGAGGCAGAGGCUCGGUUGGCAGCAAAAAGAGCUGCUAGAGCAGAAGCUCGAAGCAUUCGAAUGAAAGAAUUAGAAAAGAAACAAAAAGAGGCUGAUGAAGAAAUGGACAAAGCUUAUGAAGAGGAAGAGGAACCUUCACACAGAAAAAGAGGUUCAUCAGCUCGUAUAACAGCAUCAACUGCUCCCUCAUUCAAUGCUGAACCUCCAGUUGUUGUUGUUGAUCCACAACUUAAAGAGGCACUGAGGGAAACAGAAGAAAAAUACCGUAAGGCUAUGGUUAAUACAGCCCAACUUGAUAAUGAAAGGCAGGCCCUACAGUAUCAAGUGGAAUGUCUAAAAGAUAUUAUCGAAGACUUAGAUGAAAAUUUGGAAAACGUCAAGGACGAACUAUUACAUAAAACGAAAGACUAUAAUAAACUACACAGAGAUCACGAGAACACGACAGAAGAAUUAACAAAAUGCACGAAACUGUUAGAAGAUAGAGAAAGAAUAUUAGACGAACAUGGUAUAAACUUGGAUGGUACUUUAAAAGAACAAGACAGCACGGAUGGAGACAAUUUUAACACCACUUCUCACCACAAUACAUUAUCGAAUCAUAUAGGCACAUCCAGUGAAGAGCUUGCUGAAAGAGAAUCUUUACUGGCGGAAAUACAAAGUUUAAAAGAUGAGAUAGCCGAACUAAAAACAGAGACGGAAACUGAAACUCCACGGAGCAGGAUAGGAGCAGACCAUAUGAGGCCCGAACGAGCUGAUUUGGAGCGCUCCUUUGUAAAUGUUUCGACGGAGGCCGAAGCGAUCAGAGAGGACGCACGUCACAUGGGCACUUACGUCAACAACAACGAAAAAUGCGACGAUUUCGAAGUUAUCGACGACGGCUCCCAGCAAGGCGGCAUAAGGAACUUCGAGGAUAAGUCGUUCGAGAAGUCUGGCCGCUCGUCUCUAAUGUCGUCUGCUCGGACAGAAGGUGUGGAUGAAGACUUAGAGUCGGACGUACCACUUGAAAUCAGCGUGGAUCUGGUAAAACCAGUCCAGAAAGACGAAUAUGAUAUAGUUAAUAUGGACGAUUCUUCCAAACCGUCAUCGGACGGAAAGACUCUCGACGUUUCGUCAAUGGUUGGGGGCGAUACAUCUCCAGUGUCCGAUGACACUAGUGACAUCAAUGUAAAUAAAUAUUUGAUGGGAAAUGACGACGAUGAUUCUUCCGCGCAACACAGCGACACAUUUAACGUGGAUCGUUACUUUGCGAAUGACGAUGUAACUAGCGUCAUUGACGUAACCGCAGUUAACGAGGUUUCGCAAGCAGACGAAUCGACGGAAAGUAUUCCUUCUGAAACUUUAAAAGAUUCAAACGAAGAUAUGAAAUACGAAACAAUUGAAUACAGUGAGGUGGCCUCUCCUCCCGCAGAACGUGUUGCCUUAAGUGACGAUACGACUCGAUGCAGUCCUUACGUAGAAGUGGAGUCGGAGGGCAGCGAGUUGACAACAGUGAGUGGUGAUAUCAGCCAGUUGGAACUUAGUCAGGAUAUUGUUAACGUAGAAAGCAUCGGUGAGUCAACUGUCGAUGAUUUUCAUGAAAUUAAUACCGACGAGAGUGGUGUCCCUGCUCCAUCCGCCGAAGAGAGUUCGAGCCCUACAGCGCAAAAAAUGAAUGUAUCUAUUUCGCCAAAUAAGUUGUCCGACCAAUCAGAAUUAAAGGAGAACGCUGUAGAGGAUAUAUCUAAGCCGAGUGUGAAUUAUGAAUUGCCCCCUCGCGAUUACGACGCUAGUAAUGAUGCUGUAGACGGCGCUGGAAUGAGCGUCCAAGCAACAGUUGAAGAAUCAGAGUUGUUAGAGACAUUAGAGGAUAACAAACCGACCGUUGUGAAAGCUGGUGUAUUCUCGGAACAAAGUCCACUAGUGGUUCGUUCAACGUCAAUAUCAGAGCAGGAGAAAACCGAAGUUCGUAAAAAUGUAGUUGAUUUGUAUGACCAAAUAGCUGAGGAAGCAUAUUCCACUGUUGUUGAAACCGACUCCGCCGACGGUAUUCCUUCCGAUGCAACAUUUGGUGUUUUCGGGAUAACUGGUAAGGCGAAGGCGGAAACUACAACCGAUCCUCCUGUUGACAACACAGACAUGCCCGCUGAUGCGGAUUCCUCAGUUGAAGCAGGUAGAGCUCAUCCCGUUGCUAAAAAAAACGAGCCGUGGUUGGUACGCGUUGAAAGUUUUAACGCGCCGAGAAGUAAAGCACCCGAAAUACAAGUUGUUAAUCCUGAAGAGAAUCGCGUGGAGUCACCCGAAGCCGACCCCGUCCCUAAGGAACGGAAAAAGAAAAAGAAGAAGAAGAAGGCGAAGGAAGUUGAAAAGGCGAUCCAGCCAGCUGAAAAUGAACAAGCCAAUCCGGAAGAACCUGUUCCGUCUGUCCCAGAAUUAUUAGGAUUUGAAAAGGACCCCGUUCCUCAGCCGAGUCCUGAACCGUCACCAAAGCAAAGACUUUCGACGCAUGCAGGUGACAUUCCGCAGCAGUUUUUGGACGUCUCGAACGAAUUAGUCGGCGAUAGUACAUCAGAUGUAUCGGACACCGAGCACGAGGAAGGUAGUAGAAAGAAGAGAGAAGGUUCGAAAAAGGGAAAUAAGAAGGAGAGUUGCAAAACUCAAUAAAUGCCUUUAGAAAGUGCUUACCCUUCAAGCAGUAUGUAAAUUGAUUUUAUGUAAAUUUAACAAAUUUAGUUAGAAUUUUUUUCCUGAAAUCUGCGCAUCGCUCAGAUGAUUCAAAUCGAUUGUCGCUGUACAGCUUCAAUUUUAUUUCAAGACGCUUAGGAAUUAAGUUUGUAUUUUGUGUUCAGUUGAUUUUUAUAAAUAUAUAGUCUUAAAUUUAUUGUCA